UUGAACUUACCGGCAUUGUGAAUUCAGACGUAGCGAUCGGCGACUCGUGGAAUCUCAAAAAGUGUCAAGAUCCCGUUAAGACAUAUCUGUGAUUCAAGCAAUAAAAUUAUACAAAGUUUCAAAAUGGUUUUGAAUGUACCAAUGAUGAAAUUUUAUAACGGCAACGAGGUGCCGGCUUUUGGUUUGGGAACAUGGAAAUCGAAACCUGGUGAAGUUACUCAGGCUGUCAAGGACGCGAUAGACAUUGGAUAUCGCCACAUUGAUUGUGCUCAUGUUUAUGGAAAUGAAAAGGAAGUCGGUGCUGCAAUUAAGGCAAAAAUUUCUGAAGGUGUUGUGAAGAGGCAGGACCUUUUCAUUACAAGCAAACUGUGGAAUACUUAUCAUAAACCAGAAUUGGUUGAACCUGCUAUUAAAAAGACUCUGGCUGACCUAGGUCUUGAGUAUUUGGAUCUUUACCUUAUUCAUUGGCCAUUUUCUUACAAAGAUGGUGAUACUCUCUUCCCUACAAAUGCUGAUGGCAGUAUAGCUCUGAACAAUGUAGAUUAUGUAGACACGUGGAAAGCUAUGGAGAGUUUGGUAUCCAAGGGACUUACAAAGAAUAUAGGUGUUAGCAAUUUUAAUUCUGAACAACUAGAAAGAUUGCUUAAAAAUUGUACCAUUAAGCCAGUUACAAACCAAAUUGAAUGUCACCCAUACUUAAAUCAGAAGAAGCUCUCAGAAUUCUGUAAACAAAAGGGUAUUCUCAUUACGGCAUACAGUCCCCUUGGUUCUCCUGACAGACCUUGGGCUAAGCCAGAUGAUCCAAAAUUGUUGGAUGAUAAAAAAUUAGGUGAACUAGCAAAAAAAUACAACAAAACACCUGCUCAAGUUGUUAUCAGAUAUCAGCUGGAUCGUGGACACAUAGUAAUACCAAAAUCUGUUACAAAAUCACGAAUUGCUCAAAACAGCGAAGUCUUUGAUUUCAAACUUACCCCAGAAGAUAUCGCGUAUAUCGAUACCUUCGAUUGCAAUGGUAGAAUUUGCCCAAUGACAGGCACGGAAUCAAGCCCCCACUACCCCUUCAACAUACCUUUCUAAAUAAUAAAUGAUCAAGUUAAGGAUCAGUAUGUACAAAUUGGUAUUAUUGUAAAAUUUAUGUUGUUUAUAUGUUCAUUUUUUAUGUGAAAUUCAUAUAAAAUAAAUUGCACUUUAAUAUACA